AUGAUAGGGAGGGGAUUGGAACACCUGAAUCACAUGAUAGGGAGGGGAUUGGAACACCUGAAUCACAUGAUUGGGAGGGGAUUGGAACACCUGAAUCACAUGAUAUGGAGGGGAUUGGAACACCUGAAUCACAUGAUUGGGAGGGGAUUGGAACACCUGAAUCACAUGAUUGGGAGGGGAUUGGAACACCUGAAUCACAUGAUAUGGAGGGGAUUGGAACACCUGAAUCACAUGAUUGGGAGGGGAUUGGAACACCUGAAUCACAUGAUAUGGAGGGGAUUGGAACACCUGAAUCACAUGAUAUGGAGGGGAUUGGAACACCUGAAUCACAUGAUUGGGAGGGGAUUGGAACACCUGAAUCACAUGAUUGGGAGGGGAUUGGAACACCUGAAUCACAUGAUAUGGAGGGGAUUGGAACACCUGAAUCACAUGAUAUGGAGGGGAUUGGAACACCUGAAUCACAUGAUUGGGAGGGGAUUGGAACACCUGAAUCACAUGAUAUGGAGGGGAUUGGAACACCUGAAUCACAUGAUUGGGAGGGGA